UGGUAACACAAUAGAUAAUAGAUAUUAAAUUAUUAUUAUUUAUUUAUAAUUAUUGUUCACUUCUGUUUAUUCUGUGGUAAAUACUUAGCGCUACUGUGGUAAUUACUAAGCAAUACUAAGUAUUUAGCCAUGUUCGGGCGUAGACGUAGAGAGAGAGACACGACGAUUAAUUUGUCGGCCCAAAAUCACUGGACAAGUGAUGAUUCAAAAUUUGGUCAGCGGAUGCUUGAAAAAUUUGGUUGGUCUAAAGGAUCUGGUCUUGGAAAAAAUAAACAAGGAAUAUCAGAAAACAUUAAAGUUAUACAUAAAGUGCAACCUACAGGACUAGGAUUUGUAGCAAAUAAUGCAGAUGAUUGGUUCAAAGCAGGCGAAGAAUAUUCGCGCUUAUUAUCACAAUUAACAGAGAAAUUUGAUCAGUAUCAAGAAUUAUCAGAAUCAAAUGGAGAUGCAGCUUCUAAAAAAUCACUUGUUCAAAAUUCAUUGAAUUCAAGAUCAAGAGUUCAUUACCACAAAUUCACCAAGGGUAAAGAUUUGACACAAUACAAAAGAGAAGAAUUGACAUGUAUACUAGGAAAAGGUGUUAAAGAUGAUGGUCAAAUAUUAGAUGGUUUGAACAUGGAAGAAUAUUUUAAAUCUAAAAAAGAACGUUUAAAAUUACAAAAAGAUAAACAAGAUACAUCAUCAAUUGUUGAAGUUGAUAUAAUUGAUAAUAAUGAUAAUAUGCAGGAAAAAAUUAAUGUCAACAAAGAAACAGAAACCCAAACUGAAGAACAUGAAAUAAAUACAAUGCUACUGAAAAAAAAGAAACGAAGAGCUAAACAAUUAAAAGAUACAGAACUUGUAAUGCCAAUUUAUGACGAAAUUCAGUUAAAGAAAAAAAAGAAAAAAAUGAAAGAACUCACUUGUGAAAAUAUUGAUGACCCUGAAAAGACAAAAAAAAAAACUAAGAAAAAUAAAUUACCCAUCAACGAGGAUGAUAAGUCAGAAGAUAAGACUGAAGAAAACAACAACCCAACGUUAGAAGAAAAUGAUGCUGAUGUUCAAGAAUCGGAGUUAGUUUUGACUCAGAAAUAUCAAAACUUGGUUGAUCUCUUGAUAGAGAAUAGUUCUGCUGGUAGUAAAUAUUGUAAAGAUUUGACAAGUCCUUUAUUCCAAGAGAAAAUGAAAGAGUUUGCUGAUAGUGUUACUCGCCAAUGCUCAACCACAGUUGGUUCUACUGAAAUAAAAUCAUCAUCCAAAAAAGAAACAACUACUCCUAAACCAAUUAUUUUGAAUCCAGACGAUAAAAAUUUUAUUAAAGACUUUGAAGAACAAAAAUCCAAAGCUCUUGAGAGUAUAUGUAAACGUCAACAAUUGGCAAAAUAUGUAAAUGAAAAAUCUAUGUUUAUUGCCAAUCACGGAGAUGUGUUAUUCUUUGGUAGUAAUAUAAAUGAUAUAAAAGGCUAUGGUGAAUGGUAAAUUAUAUUAAGUAUUAAAGAAUAAU